AUGAGCGACACUCGCCGCCCAACCUAUGUAUCUCGACCAGACCUCUACACAGUCAAUGCGCUCAAUUCGUUUUCGUUUGGGAACGUCCAGACCUCUGUACCAGUGACUUCUCCUUCUAUCGGCCCGCUUGAUGACCCCGACGACGAUGCCCCCGGUACAAUCGAUGUUACCCCCCGCCCAUCCGUCGUAGACCAUAAUGCAUACCGCUCCAGUCAGUAUCGUGGCAGUCCCUACCGCAGUCAUUCAUCGCAGAAUUAUGAUCCAGGUCAUGAUCCAGGGCCACCGCUACCCUCCCGACGAGAUCCCUCACGAAAUCACUCUUCGGAUACCGCGUCGAGGCGGACAUUUGAGACUUCCUCUGCCUCUGCCUCAGUUACGAGUCUUUCCAGCAUGGGACCCUCCUCUAGCCACCUGACUUCGGCUACGACCACUGACGAUGAGCGCGAAGAGCGCGGUGUAGAGUUUGAUGACGACUAUAAUGACUAUCAUGACGACGACAUCGAGAUCAGCUCGGUAAUGUACGAAGGAAGUAGCGUUGAAGGCCCUGCAGUAAGUGGGAGGUGGAUGGGAAGUCUGUCAAGUUUUGCCAGCGGCUAUGGCGAGCGGAGAGUUAGCCUUCCUAUCGCGGUACCAGGGAGUAGCAGCGCUAGCACCAGCAAUGAUGGAAGGCGAACCGAUAUCCUUACACUACGGAGACCAAGUAAGAGUCUGGACGAGGACUCGAUGUUGUCCAACAUCCAUUCUUCUGCAGAUUGCCAGACUUCAUCUUUACCGGAGAGCGAUGGUGAUUGGCGAAGUCUGAAUGCAAAAGGCAAGGGAAAAGCCAGAGAAGAGUCGCUACCACCACUGCCGGCUAAAGUCACCGUAGAAUCACAAGACUUUGAUCUCGACUGGAAUGCCUUUGGACGGGGAAUUAUUUCGUUUGAUCAGCCAAUAUCUGACAUUGUCAGCACGGCGGACUCGCGGCGUGGUUCGACGAGCCGAUCGCUGAUGACAUGGGGUCGUAGACCUAGCACAGCGACGACAGGGAGUUCCUUUAGCAACGAUGAUAUUUUUACGCGUCAUGUUGCGAAAGGGGAUCCUUAUUAUAAGGACCAGAGAAAGGUGUGGACGUUCCGGCGAGAUCAGUCGGAGGGGAGCGGGGGACCACCAGUGUCGAAGAAAGGUGGUUUGCUGAGUCCCCGCGGGAGCAUGAAUGAGAGGGAAUUAUCGGAAAGGGAGAAGCGAGAGAAGGAGGCUCGAUCGGUCGCGAAUUGGAACGGUAUGCCCCCGAAUUCACAUGAAAUUUGGAGGAACCCCAUGGUCGGUAGGUUCAAAGUCGAGCGCAGGACCACUCCGAGAAAGGAAGAAUCGUCAGAUGUGACAGUUCGAGGACCCGUUCAGAGACUACUAAUCGAUCACUUCCGUGAUGGAAGUCCUACUAAACAGGACGAUCCUUGUGUCACGGUUCACAAGCACUCUAAGACGGUCGCAUUUUCUAUUUCUCGGGCAUACAGAUCUAGGAGGCGGAGAUCGUAUGCAACAAGGCCGACUUCCUCGACGACUUCCUCGAGCAUGAUUCUGUUGGCUCCAAGGAGCGUGCAGGAGGCAUAUACCAGCACUACGACAACGAGAAAACUGGAAAGCCAUGGACUCCUAGACGAACGACGGGAAAGGGACAAGAGCGUUGGGAGAAAGGAGAAAGAGAAGGACCGCAGACGAAAGGUGUCCGGCACGGAUGAUAGCUCGAAGAAGAGUAGGAAGAAGAAUGAGCAGUCGAGUGUUGGCAGCGUGACAUCGAGGCCUGUUUCCACUACGGAAACGACAUCGUAUGGUCCUCCACCAUCCAGCGCAUCGUCUUCCACCACAGAUCACUCGACAUCGUCAUCUAUCCGCCCUCUUCGACGACGCAGACGUGAUACGUUGGAUUCGGACGAUGAUAUCCCUCCACGGACCCCUCAUAGCGAGACGUACGGUACGAUCGACGUCGCCGAGCUCAACCAGCUUCGCGCACGGCAGCACCAGACGCACCACAGCACCGACGAUCUAGGCGGCAGCUUUUGGAACCGUUUCAGACGGGGACGAUCGACACGCGCAGUGAACGGGCAACUGCCUGCUCAGCGAGACGUGUCCUACCAGCCUCCCUGGGUGACGCUGGAGUCGCGUAACCGGCAAGAACAGACGCAGCGCGUGGUGGAUAACCUGAACCACUCGUUCCAGGAAGUGGGGUUGCUGCAAGUGAACACGAAGCCCAAGCCGGGAGCGAGCCGUAGCAAGACCAAGGCGCGUGUGGAGAAGGCUGUGUGGACGGAGAUUUUCAAGGAGAUCCCGGAGGAGUCGUUGUAUAUGCUCAUCCCGCUGUGGCCGUCUGAUACGGACCCGGUAUCGGCGCAGAUACCGUACGAGAGGCCCGUGGUGGAUCGACAGUACCUGCUUGUGUGCUAUAAGGCGCCGGAGACGAGUCAGCCUGCGGUUAAGCACAGCAAGAAACGCUCAGUGGAGAAUAAGAGCAAGUCGCCGACGUCUUCCUGGGAUUCUUCAAUGCAGAAACGAGACGAGCGCAACAUUCUGUUGAACGAAUUUCGGAUAACUGGGAGGCUGGUGUCGCAUGCUGAUAUCCAGGGAUCAGGAAUGCGCGUGUCGGAGGGGAUCAUCGUGACUGGGUCGCUCAAGGAGGCGUAUGAUACACGGCCACCGCUGGCGAAUCCAGGGACGAGGCUCAUUGGGCAAUGUCGGAAUCGAGAGCAGGGUGUGGAGUUUGAUUCGGACGGGCUGCUGUCGUUAGGGGUUGUGUUUGACGAGGAAUCCAUACCCUCCUGGCAUGAUCGCUGA